AUGGCGACGUUGGUCUUGUAGCAGUCAGUAGUAGUGGAUAUUUCCUCUGUUUCGCGGUUAAUCGCUAAACGUCCGAUAGAUUAUAGUGAUCGUAGUGCAUCGUAGAACACCGACACGAUGAGUUUCUUCAGCAAGGUGUUUGGCGGCAAGAAGGAGCCAGCCGCUCCGUCAACGGCCGAGGCUAUUCAGAAGCUGCGCGAGACGGAAGAUAUGUUGAUAAAGAAGCAAGAGUUCCUUGAGAGUAAAAUAGACAAUGAAAUGCUAAUAGCGAAGAAAAACGCGUCUAAGAAUAAACGAGCUGCUAUUCAAGCCUUGAAAAGAAAGAAGCGAUAUGAGAAGCAGUUACAGCAAAUUGAUGGCACGCUAUCUACCAUCGAGAUGCAGAGAGAAGCAUUGGAAAGUGCCAACACAAAUACUGCUGUACUUACUACUAUGAAGGGUGCUGCAGAUGCAAUGAAGGCAGCGCAUCAGCACAUGGACGUUGAUCAAGUACACGAUAUGAUGGACGACAUAGCAGAACAACAAGAUGUGGCUAAAGAAAUUUCAGAUGCCAUAUCCAAUCCAAUAGCAUUUGGCCCGGAGACUGAUGAGGAUGAACUAGAAAAGGAAUUGGAAGAACUUCAACAAGAGCAACUUGAUAAAGAAUUACUUGGUAUUGAUGAUACGACGACAGAAGAACUGCCAGCAGUACCGACUUCCGUUCCUGUUGUACCCAGCAAAACUCGUACAAAAGCCAAACCGGAGGAAGACGACGAUUUAAAAGAGUUGGAGGCAUGGGCAUCGUAAAGUGAUAUUAGAAGUGACAUUGAAAUCAAAGAUACACAAGACAUUUUUAGAGAUAAAUGUAAAUUAUAUAUUAUCACCAUACAUAAUAUAGUAUCAUAUCUUGUAUUAAGUAUCGAAAUUAAUUUUUUAAUAUGAGCUUGCAAUGUUUAGCUUUUUAAAGCACAAUUUUCGGAAAAAAGAACUUACUGAAGUUAAUAAUUCAGCUUUAGUAGAGAUUGCAUUACUUGUAUAUUCGUGCUGUGGUGAAUAAUACUAACAAUUGCCAGCGACAGCUACAGCUGGACAAUGGGGAAGUGUCACUCAGUGGCAAAUUGAGUUUAUUUUAUAUUUACAGUAAAUAUAUUAAUAUAAAAUAAGUGAAAAUAGAACUUUGAAGACAGCGAAUGCAGUUCAUGUAACAUAUAAAUAUAUAUAUUGAAUGUAAAAAAUGAAACAAUCCUGUUCUCCGUAGAAAAAAGCGAUAGAAUGUAAGUAUAAUAUUAUUAUUAUUAUUUCUCCAAAACAGCUUUAUUCUGUUACUGUACAUAUGCAUAACAAUUUGAAGACAAUGUUCUUCAAAUAAAUACAAAUGGCCUUCUAAACUUUGUAUAAAUAUAUUUGCUAUAAAUAAAUUUUAAUUCGAAGAAA